UUUAUCGAUAAAUUACAUCGCAUUUUGGCCGACAUCAAAAUCAUUUAUUUUUUUAUUAUUACGAUGAAUUAUAUAUAUAUGCAGUUGUAGACUUCUCAUUAAUCACAAUAAUUAUGAAGUACAGUGAGUGUGAAAUUGAUCUAGUGAUAAUAGUUCUGCGUCUUUUGAGCAUUAACCUGGCAGGUGCAGUAGUGUAACAGUUGUCCAACUCGAUGGCCCGCUCAUCGUGCCUUAAAAACAAUAAAAAAACAUUGCAGUUCCCCAGAAGAUCCUGCAGAUAAGUUUAAACAAAAUAAGAGUGAUGGAAGAGGAGAUCGAUAUUUACGGAGAUUUGGAGGCCUUUGGCGAUGACAAAUCGGAAAUUUUACCCGAAGCCGCUAAAGUAUUGCAACAGGAAAAUGAAGUUUUGCAGAAAAAAAAUGAAGAGCUCACUGCUGAAUUAGAGAGGAUAACUAAAUACUCCAAGUCUCUGGAGGUUAAUAUAUCGUCUCUGCAUAAAACUGCGAAGGUGGAAAUUACACGAAAAGAUCGAAUGAUCUCGGAUCUCCGUCAACAACUUGACAAUGCAGCGUUUCGACGAACCACCAAUUACCGCAUUCCAAAGAGGAUCCCGAAGCCAUCAGUCAUCUCAUUACCCCCAAAGGACGAAUUUACGUGUACGGAAAUUAAGAAGGAACCAGUUAACGAUACAAUUAACAAAAAAGAAACAGAAUACCAAAGUCCACUCACUACAAGCGAAGCCUUGGACGAGCCCGAGAAUUGCUAUCAACCAGAGACCAUCCCAGUGACCCUCUUCGGGGAGAGACUGAAGAGAAAGCUCGAGCAGGAAUCUCGAGAGGAAGCAGAAGCUAUUGAGAAGGCCCGAGAGGAGCAAGCACGACGACAACAGGUCGACAAUCGGGGAGAAAGCUCCGAUAACACUGAAAUUACCAAAAAUAAGGAGGACAAGGAGAGCAAAUAUCGACUGAUUCCUUUGACCCUUCAGAAACUCGCUGAAAAUUCACGAAAGAGAGGUUCCGAGAGUCUCGAAAGGUCAGAUAAUCUCGAGCCACCGAAGAAAGAGGAUUAUUUCAAGUCGGGGGAUAGUCAUGAAAACAAGAGAAGAAAAUUCGAUAGCAUUGAGGAGAAAAGGGAGAAAUCUCCAAGGGUAGAUAGACACAAUAAUUCUACAGGGGAUACACAGAGGAAGAGACCGGAGAUCAAGACGGAAUACUCUUGUCCUGGUAAAACUGACAGCAGUGGUUCCAGAAGUAGAUCAAAGAGCAGAGAAAAGAGAGACAGAAGGAAUCCUCACUCCUCGUUAGACAGGAGAAAAAAUCCUAGGGAGCGAAGUAAGUCUCCACCUCGUGUACACGAUAGUGGGAAAGAUAAAUAUCGAUCCAGUAGAAAACCAAGUGCCGAUAGAUAUGGAAAAAGGAGUAGAGAUAAUUCCCCAAGUCUAAGACGAUUGAAUCGCAAAGACAUCAAUCCCCCAGUGAGUAGAAUAGACGUGCGAAGUAGAUUGAAGGGCAGAUACAAUGACAAAGUGGAUGGGAAAAUUCAUGCUGACGUGGGGAGGAGAAAUCGCAGAAAUGUCAAUAUUAGAAGAAGUGAUAUGCCCAGGAAAUCACCUAGACAGAUAUGUAGAAAGAGUCACAACGAUAACAGAAGAAUUGAUGAUUCAAAAUACUCGAGGCGGUCGUGUACUAAUGAGAGUCGUCAAAAUGACGCGAGGAAAAGUAAAAAAGAAAAAUCAAAUUCCCCACACACUGAGCGAACAGGACGAGAUUCUUCUGAAAGAAAAAUCAAAAUCCAAGAGACUGAACGAUUACUGCCAUCGUCAUUGACAGGAAAAAUCUCGGUAAUAGACAAGAUGCAGGUUGACCUGGAGGAUAUCGAGGAAGGGGAGAUCAUCGACAGUCCAGAACGCGAAUCGCCAGAACCCUCAGGAUGGCUCGCAGGGAGUAGAAUUAUCGAGCCCCUCGUCGAGGACGACCGCUUGCAUUCCACAAUAAACGAAGGGGCAUCUCGAAACUUGGACGACUCUCUACGAGAAGAGAAGAUUGAAAAUAUCGAAUUGUUCAUUGAGAAGCUCCAAAGUGAUGAUGGGGAGCUUUUCCGAAAACAAGGACGAACAGAGGGUCAAAAAUUACAAUCAUUGUGGAAAAAUCAACAGGGGUUAGGAAGUGGUGGUGCAGAAAUCGCUAGUCAUGAUCGGAAAAUCAACCGACAAAUGGAGGAAGACACUUCGGAAGAGUCAGUGCAUCUCACUAGUAUCCUGGAGGAUUCUUCGGAUGAUGAGGCCUGCGAGCCGGCCUCGGACCGACCGACAGCUGCUCUUAAUAACAAUGAAGAGGAGAAGGCCAUUGAUAAUGAUACCAGUUCACCCAGUAAAUUAAUGCUGAAUGGCGCAAAGCCAUCGGCAAUUGUCGGAGUGCUUGCAACAUCCCCCAGUGCAGAUAAAAGCUCACAGGUUGUGUCUGAUAGUAUAAAUAAUCAGAAAAUAUUUAAAAACGAGGCGCCGCAAUCGCCCACUCCAAAAUCAACGGACAAUAAUCAAGUUAAAUCGUCAGUUGGUGAAGGUCCAGAGGAAAAUGAAAGUAGAACUGAAAAAAUGCCCAAAUGUUCGAAGUUACUAGAUGCACUUCAAACACCGCGGGUAAUUCUCCAGGAGAUUGACUCGUCGUCGAAAGCAUCAGUAAAAUCGAACGAUACUCAUCCCCAGAAGUCAGUACCAAAGGAAAAGGAGAACAGCGGCGGAAAAGGAGAUAAAAUAAUUAUUGUGGCCAGAAGAAGACGAAUACGAUUAACUGAUAGUUCUACCUCCAUGACGGUGGUAGUGAGUGCAAAGGUCACCGACAAAAACUAGCAAUCUUUCUACAUUUGGCUGUAUUUUCAACGAAAUAAAUGAUGGACUUUAUUCUCGUUUAUCAAAAUUAUGAGAACAUAAAA